CCUCUGUUUACAGGCAUCCGGAGAAACAUGGAGGACACCGCUGGCAGUAAUCCCCAAUCUCUCGGAUUUACAGAGAAAUUAAAGUCGUGGCUCUCUUGGUCAUGGACCUACGUGUGCUUCAUUUGGUUCGGCAUGGUGCUGAUCAUGAUAUACGUCCUGUGGAGCCCGCUGAAACUGCAGGAAUCUCUUACCUCGGCCUCAGUGUUUUUGAAUACACUGACCCCCAAAUUCUAUGUGGCUCUCACUGGAACCUCUUCUCUCAUCUCUGGACUCAUCCUUAUAUUUGAAUGGUGGUAUUUUCGUAAAUAUGGUACCUCGUUCAUUGAACAAGUGUCAGUGAGUCACUUGCGUCCUCUUCUGGGUGGAGUGGAGAGCAGCUCCACGACUGGCCUCUUUGCAUCAGUUAAUGGAGAGGCAGAGCCGAGGCCCAGUGUUUCAGAGUGUAAGGUCUGGAGGAACCCUUUGAAUCUGUUCAGAGGAGCAGAAUACAACAGGUACACCUGGGUAACCGGGAAGGAGCCCUUAACAUACUAUGAUAUGAACCUGUCUGCUCAAGACCACCAGACCUUCUUCACAGGAGACACUCCGCAGUUAAGACCAGAAGAUGCUGUGAUGCAGAAAGCCUGGAGGGAGAGAAAUCCUCAAGCCAGGAUCAGAGCAGCUUACCAGGCCAUAGAAAUGAACCACGAAUGUGCUGCAGCCUAUGUGCUUUUAGCAGAAGAAGAAGCCACAACCAUCACAGAAGCUGAGCGCCUCUUCAAAAAAGCACUAAGUAUUGCUGGAAAAGAUAUCAACUUACUGGUGUACAUUAAACGUAGACUGGCAAUGUGUGCACGCAAGCUGGGCCGGAUUAAAGAAGCGGUGAAAAUGAUGAGAGAUUUAAUGAAGGAGUUCCCUCUUUUGGGAAUGUUAAAUAUACAUGAAAACCUCUUGGAGGCACUUCUAGAGCUUCAGGCAUAUGCCGAUGUCCAAGCAGUCCUUGCCAAAUAUGAUGACAUCAGCUUGCCAAAAUCAGCCACUAUAUGCUACACAUCUGCACUGUUGAAAGCACGAGCUGUAUCGGAUAAGUUCUCUCCAGAGGCCGCGUCACGGCGAGGGCUAAGCACAGCGGAGAUGAAUGCUGUGGAGGCCAUACACAGAGCUGUUGAGUUCAAUCCACAUGUGCCAAAGGUCAUACUUAUAGAGAUGAAGAGUCUGAUUCUUCCUCCAGAACACAUCCUGAAGAGAGGAGACAGCGAGGCCAUCGCCUACGCCUUCUUCCACCUGCAGCACUGGAAGAGGGCCGAGGGAGCCUUAAACCUACUCCACUGCACCUGGGAGGGCACCUUCCGGAUAAUUCCCUACCCUCUGGAGAAGGGUCACCUGUUCUACCCCUACCCAGGAUGCACAGAAACAGCAGAUAGGGAGCUGCUGCCCUCGUUCCACGAGGUGUCUGUGUACCCGAAAGAGCUUCCCUUCUUCAUCCUCUUCACAGCAGGCCUUUGCUCCUUCACCGCCAUGCUGGCCAUGCUCACACAUCAGUUCCCUGAGCUCAUGGGUGUCUUUGCCAAAGCAUUCUUCAGCACACUCUUUGCGCCCCUGGGUUUCUUCGCAGACAAGAUGGAAAGCUUCAUGCCGUCCAGUUUUUGGCACCAGCUGACUCGAAUCUGACCCCAUCUCUCACACACGCACACACACACACACACACACACACACACACACACACACACACACACCAAUAACACUCCAGACCCUCAGACAAAAAAAGUGUUUGCUCUCCUGUCUUCAGCAUUACUGUCCACUUGCUGCAUUGUUACUGAUUAUGUUGGCUGAGGUUGUAUCAACACGGCAAAGCCACUCUUGAGAUGCCCUCCCACAUUGUUCCAGCGGCCAGAGUUUUUCCAAGAGCACAUUUAGUGAAUCCCAUCUGCAACGAUUCCACGCGUUCAUUUGUCAUCAUGUUAAAAUUGUGGUUUUUAAGGUAUCCCACCAAAGGCUGUGUUGCAGAUUUUUGCCGCAAAACUUAAAUAAGGAGUUUGUGAGAGGCACUCUCCUAUUCUAUCACAAUAGAAGUAAAACAAAAUUUAAAAAAAACGGCAUGUUUUUUUAAUAUGAACUACUGUCAAGUCAGAUGAGUUAGUUUUAACCAGUUAAACAACAGGAAACAGAAACAACAACAGUUUGUACAUUCAGAAUGUCCCCUUGUAGAAUAUGUUUACCAAUAUGAUCCUCAAUUAUUUAUCACAAAAGAUCCCAUUGGCCAUUUGGGAUGGGACCCCGAUGCGUCCUACGUCCACCCUCAGUGCACCACAGACGUCCAGUGGGGCAGAUUUAAACGUCUGUAAGGCCUCCGAAAAACAGAGCUGUGAUUUACAGCCUCGAAGUGCCUGCAGUGUAUACAACGCCUCUGCAGUCCAGCAGUUGUUACCAUGGCAUGACACCUCAGCACUAUAUCACUGGGGCAACCGUCGCCCCGGCAACAUUGAAAUGUAAAUGGGCUCAUCACUGGUCGCACUCAUUCCUGCUGAUUGCGCCACAGAAUGUUAUGAGUCAGUGUGCUCGUCAACUUCUGAAACGGCAAAAAAAA